UAGGCCCAUGAUCCGCCACCAUGCCCAUCCCAUUCUAACGCUCAAUUUCCACUGCCAGUCGACGCCGACGCCCCACAAUCGGCGCCUAUGGAUGAGGGCAAGGAUAAUCGUUUCAUUGUUUGGAAUGAGGGGCUGGUGGAGGUGGUAGGUGGUGAGGUCUCUGCUGAUCGGCCCAAGGCGAUUCGGCUUUUCUAAUUAGCUGACGCAGGCACGCCAUAGUCGCCGAUGUUGGUCUUUACGAGGCGGCGUAGGACUUGCCCAGGGCGGUCGGUUUAGUGAGUAGGUAAAGCCUCACUGUGCCAUUUUUGGUCGAUCAGUUUCUGGCAAUAUUAGUAAUUCGAAUGGUUGAUGUACAUGAUGCACAAGAUUUGACUUCUGCUGAGACCUGCUGAUUCACUUAAGAUUUGUUUGAAGAAGCUUUGGUAAAUCGGUACAUAUUUGAUUAGUCUAUCCACAAAUGAUUCUAGAAGAGCUUAAUAUUCAACGGACGACUAGAAAAAUUGCCCAUGAAACUCAGACUCAGUAAACAAGAUUAUAUUAUCCAAUUUAAUAUAGCGAUGACUUCAAAGUAAGAGUUUUGACUAAUUCAUUGGAGGGACUAAAAGUCUGAAGCCUUGUUCUUCGGCUUAAAAGUAUAUAAACAGCAAGCGAGAAACUUCUUACAAACUCUUGUUUCAGAGAGAAAGAUAGAGAGGAAGAAUCAUAUUGCAGUUUUGACUUGUGGAUUAAUCUUCUACAAUGAAGGCAUGGCAAUUAGCUUCUCUGUGUAUCCUUAUCAUUGCCGCAAGAAUGGUGAAUUCCAACCUUGAAGGUGAUAUUCUUAUUGCCCAGAGAAGUGCUUGGAAUGAUCCACAUAAUGUCCUGCAAACCUGGGAUCCAACUCUGGUGAAUCCCUGCACUUGGCUUCAUGUCACUUGUAACAACGAAAACUCUGUUAUACGACUGGAUUUGGGUAAUGCUUCAUUAUCAGGUCCUCUCAGUCCUCGUUUGGGAGGACUAGCAAAUCUUCAAUACUUAGAGUUAUAUGCAAAUUUCAUAACUGGAGCCAUACCAACUGAACUGGGGAACUUGACAAAGUUGGUGAGCUUGGAUUUGUAUUUGAAUCGACUGACUGGCUCAAUCCCUUCUUCUCUUGGCAACAUCCAGUCCUUGGUUUUCUUGAGGUUGCAUUCAAAUAACCUAAAUGGUGGAAUACCACCUACGCUAGGGAACUUGAUAAAGCUGGCGAUAUUGGAUUUCUCCAGCAAUGCAUUGAGUGGCUCAAUCCCUUCUUCUCUUGGCAACAUUGAGUCCUUAGUGAACUUGCGGCUUAAUGGAAAUAAUCUUUCUGGAGUAAUACCAGAACAAGUGCUUGAUCUCAUUGUCACUGGCAACCUAACUGAGAUAAAUGUUUCAGACAAUUAUAUGAAUGGGACAACUAGGAAUUCUGGGAAAAGAGUUACUACCAUCAUUCAAGAUGCAUAAGCUUCCGGCUGUUUUAAAUUCAGUGCUGCACAAGAAAUAAAGAAACAAUCUACACCAAGCAUUAUUUACUUGUCAUUCUAGUUUGGGGAUGAUUGAUUCUCCUUGAAAACUGUAAUUUUGUGCUAUCACUUUCAUUCUUGUUCUUGAAGAUGCAGACUUUUCCUGUAAGACCAUUAUGGAUUUUCUGCCAAAAUAAAACACUUCUUUUGGUUGGCUUAACUUGAGGAGAAUAGAAAAAAAAAGUUAUUUGUUUG